AAACAAGAACUCAUCACCACUCACCAACAAUGACGACCACCCGUGUUGCUCUCUGCCUUAGCUUUGCAUUUCUCUUCUAUGUGGCUCAAGGAGCCAAGGUUACUUUCACAAACAAUUGCCCAUACACAGUCUGGCCAGGAACCCUAACCGGUGACCAAAAGCCUCAACUGCAAACAACCGGUUUUGAGUUGACAACAGGAGCAUCCAACUCCGUGGACCUCCCAUCACCAUGGUCAGGUAGGUUUUGGGCUAGGACGGGGUGUUCGAACAACAAUGGAAAGUUCAGUUGUGCCACCGCGGAUUGUGCCUCCGGUCAAGUUGAAUGCAACGGUGCCGGUGCAAUCCCACCUGCAACUUUGGUAGAAAUUACGGCAGCAUCAAACGGAGAACAAGAUUUCUACGACGUGAGCAACGUGGAUGGGUUCAACGUGCCAAUGUCUGUGACCCCACAAGGUGGGAGUGGUGAAUGCAAAACCUCAAGCUGUCCAAACAACAUCAACACCGUGUGCCCUGCGGAUCUUCAAAUGAAAGGUUCCGAUGGAAGCGUGAUUGCUUGCAAGAGUGCUUGUUUGGCUUUCAACAAGCCUCAGUAUUGUUGCACUGGAGAUUUCAACACAGCAGAGAAAUGUCCACCAACAAAAUACUCUGAGGUUUUCGAGCAGCAAUGUUCUGAUGCUUACAGCUACGCUUUUGAUGACAAGAAUAGCACUUUUACUUGCUCCUCCAAUCCUGACUAUGCCAUCACUUUCUGUCCUUGAAGUCCUCGAUCGCUACAUAAUAGACUUUGUUAUGCUUCAGUAAAAAAUAAGUGCAUACUGCAAUAUAUAUACUAUGAGCCACACAGUACGAAUACAAAAAUCACGUGCUUUCGGUGAUUGUAUUGAAUCAACAU